GAGCUGCACAUUGAAAUGGACGGUCAGUAGCUUCUAGUUCAGGUUUCCUUCUCGCCUCACGUUGUUCAUUCUGUACACAUCUAAAUGCUUUACAAAAUAAAAUGAAUUGAAUAGUAGCUUUAACUUGCAUCCAAUCUGAUUAAUGUGGAAGCCCUCUGUACAGCUGUGAAAUAAUCAUCAUAAUAACAGUGGCUUUGUUUCUAUUCAGACUACACAUGUUAAUGGUUUUGGUAAACGCUUUUAUUAAAGCGAGACUUUACUUUGAAAUAAAAGAUAUAAUCAGGAAUCUUCCCCAGUAGAUUUCUUUCAUUUGAAAACCCAUAAUGUAGAUUUUGAAUGUUUUCUUUCCACUUUUUUGAAUGCAAAAAAUGAAAAAUAGUGAUCAUUGAGCUCUUGUUUGAGCUUGAUUGGUUCUGCUUCUUCCCUUCAGUGAAACCUGCUCAGACCAUCAGGAAGCAGCAGUCGGCCUCCAUCGUGACCCCCCUGUGGAGCCUUCUGGGCCUGAAGCGUUGGUGAGAUGAAAGGGACCCAGUGAAGCUCCUCUGGUGGAGGUUUUGCAUCACUGCAGCUCUGGCCAGUGGUCAUACGCCUUAAAUAAGUAAUAAACUGUCAGCUCAUUGUGUUUUACUUUGCCUUACUUUACCUCUGCUGACUUCACUGUAUUUGUUUCUCUUAUUUGUGUGUUUUUGGACGGGGAACCGGUCUCAUAAACAGGUUCCUGUUGUGCGUUCACUUUAAAAGAUUGGCCCGGUUUUCCCCCCAAUGAUUUAAUAAUCAAUAAGUUUAUCCAGAGCAAGCAUCUGGACUAACUGCUCUCCACCCGGGUGUUUUUAUUUCAUUCUGAUUGUGUAACAAAGAUUACCUGACUGUUUAUGCUCCACAUCACCUUUUAAACGAGCUCAAACAUCCGCGUGCUGGAAAACUGACCAACAGAAUCACGCCAGGAGGGAAACGACUCCUCUGAAAAAAGGCCAUGGCGGCGGACCUGGACGUGUUGAACCUGUUUGUGAUCGCGGGGGGGACACUGGCUCUUCCCAUCGUCGCCUUUGUGGCUUCCUUCAUGCUGUGGCCCUCUGCGCUCAUCAAGGUGUAUUACUGGUACUGGAGGAGGACUCUGGGCCUACAGGUGCGCUACGCCGACUGCGGCGGCUAUCGCUUCUGCUUCGCCUGCAGAGGGAAGCCGGGGACGAGACCCUCCAUCCUGAUGCUGCACGGCUUCUCUGCACACAAAGACACAUGGCUCAGCGUGGUCAAGUAUUUACCAAAGCAUCUUCACAUCGUGUGCGUGGACAUGCCCGGUCACGAGGGAACCACACGCACCAGCGCAGAGGACUACUCCAUCCGGGGGCAGGUCAGACGGAUCCAUCAGUUUGUGGAAACCGUUCGCUUGAACAGGAAACCUUUCCACGUGGUCGGGACCUCCAUGGGGGGAAAUGUGGCCGGGGUUUACGCAGCCUGCUACCCCUCAGAGAUCUGCAGCAUGACUCUCAUCUGUCCAGACGGUAUAAGACACCCCUGUGAGACCAAAUUUGACAAUCACCUGCAGGACUUGGAGCACAGCAAUUACACACUCAACAUCCCGCUGAUCCCCACCACGCCCGAGGAGAUGGAGGACAUGUUCAGGCUCUGCUCUCAUGUUCGCUUUAAAAUCCCUCAGCAGAUUCUUCAAGGGCUAGUAGAUGUUCGGGAGCCUCACAACACGUUUUACGAAGAAGUCUUUAUGGAGAUUGUUGGUGAGACAUCGCGAUAUGCCCUGCAGGAGCACUUACAUCUGAUCACGGCUCCUUUGCAAGUCAUAUGGGGCAAAAAGGACCAGGUGGUGGACGUCUCCGGAGCCGCGGUCAUUGCAGAGGCGUUGCCCGGCUGCAGAGUGGACCUGCUGGAGAACUGUGGACACUCCGUGGUGAUGGAGAGGCCCUGUAGGACCGCCAAACUCAUCCUGGAGUUCAUCAUCUUGCAGCAAGAGGCCAGGGGGGGCGUGAAGAAAUCCUGCUGAGCCGAAUGAACUCCUUCCCCCAAAAGGGACAUGUACAAACAGAUAUCUAAGCUCAACACAUGACAGCAAUUUAUAGUGUUCCGAUCUUGCAUUUACUAGAAGAUGAAUCACAUUCUAUUUGUGUAGUAACUUGCAUCGUUAUAAUAAAAUAAUGUUUAAAA